GUCUGACAGCAUGCAUCGCCUGCGUGUCUCAAUGUUGGUCUGCUUCAUACUCCUGGGACUCCUCAGUUUCACAGGAGCAGAAGAGACAGAGACUGCCACAAAGGAAGGCAAAGGCAGGGAAAAACGUGAAAUGCCCAACUGGGCGCUGUGGUCGUCUGACUUCACAGGCUGGUUGCAGGAGCUGACUGCCCAGGCUGGUUACGACCGGAUCCAGGACCUGGCCAGAACCUACUGGGCCCACUUCCCUAUUGCCAGUUACCUAGGUUACGACAGCCCCGACGAAGACACAGAAGAGUCUAAGGGGGUACCGGAAUGAAGUUUGGGUCAAAUUAAAUCUUUGGAGAAGUUUAAAAUCACUGCCUUUGAACUAUUGUCUGAAUAUUGCUUUGAUCAAACUAUACCCUGAACAUAUUUAGUAGCAGACAGGCAUGCAUGCACACACAGUUAAUGCUAUAAAUCUCCUUUAAACAAAUUGAUGGCUUAUUGCGCUUUUCUUUGUCAUCUAGUCAAAGCAGGAAGGUUUACAAAGUUAUUAUCUUUGAACAGUUUGAUUCUCAUACAUUCAGAUUCUUGCAUCAGAAACCUGACUUGAUCUUGAGUGGCUUUGAUCAACAAUUUUGAUUAAGUCUGCACAGUGUUGAUUGAGUUGGACAGAGAACAAUGGUGGUGG